AUGAACAUUUUAUCAACUGGCCCGCCACCUUGUCCCAAGGCUGUCAGUGCACCAGCUGCCACCAGGACUUGGUUCCUCAUUACCAUUCAAGCGACUUUCAGGAUCAAGAGGUCCUUGGCCACAAAACAAAAGCAGAAUCAUCCCACUCCUGAAUGGAUUUGGAUGAAAACUGGUAAUACAAUCAGGUCCUACUCCAAGAGGAGACACUGGAGAAGGACCAAACUGGGCCUAUAA